AUGUCAGUAGUCACCAAUGUCGCAGGCUCGACCGCCGUGAAGCAGGGAGGCAAACUCUUCAACAUACCGCGCGAGCUUCGUGACGAGAUCUACCGUUACCUCGUCCAAGGGAUUUUCCUUGCCGGUGGACAGGUGGAGUCGAAAUCAAGUCAUGUUGAGGGCGAAGAAUACUACUCUGAAGUGGUAGCCCCUCCACGCCUUAAUCUUGGAGUUCUACAGGUGUCCAAAGCCAUCAGUGAGGAAGCCAUGGUGGUUCUCUACUCGGAGAGCAUCUUUCGAAUCCAUCUCCUGUUCAUGAAAGACAAAGCCAACUUGCUCCCACCCCAAAAAGCUGUUGCACGUAUGGAGAACAUUGAACUGAAUGUGGGUCUGGCCAUGCGAAUUGGGGACUGGAAUUACGGGCCCUCCACAGGCUCGAGCUCGGGGUUCAAGAAGAACAUGAAGCAGAUUUGGAAAGCCACUUUGGACCGUAUCAACCUCACAGACACCACCCACAACACUUUGAGAAUCAGGUUCCGGCAUUGGACCUUCAACAUUGAGCAGGAGCUACCCCAAUGGAUGUACCGAAGGUUGAAAGCGCUGACGCGAUUUCGAACAGUCAUUGUGGAGCUUUCGCCUGAGCUUCAGGACCGCAUCAUUGACGGAGCGAGAUGUACUGGAACGAACAAGAGCGAGGGUACCCUCGAGGACUUGGAGUCGAAGAUACAAGCUGUCAAGAACUAUCUCGAGAGUACAUGGGGACCUGCUGUCGUCGGCCACCUGCAUGAUCCUGGUCAUCUAUAUUAUGCCAGAACCCUGAAAUUUCAUCCACAACGGCAUCUGCCUGCGAUCUUGAAGGGUCGAGCAGAGGUUUUGAGAGCGGAGGCACACAGAUUAGAAUUUGAGGCGGAUAGAGCUGAGGUGGGGGUACGAGCCACGGAAAGGCUCUGA